AUGAUCAGGCUCCUGGGCCCCUCUUUCUCUCGUUCCCUCCGCCAUCUUCCCAAGCAGAAUCGCACCGUACUAUUUACUUUCCGCAGAAUGGCCAGUAAUGUAGCUGCAGCGUUUGCUCUGAAAGACGAGGGUCUUCUCCAAACAAAAGGAUACAUUGCAGGCUCUUGGAGAGAUGCAAUAGAUGGUUCAACCGUUUCGGUUACCAACCCGGCUACUGGCAAGGAAAUAGGUACUGUGCCCGAGAUGGGCAUGAAAGAGACGCAAGAGGCUAUCACUGCAGCGCAGACUGCUUUCAAGUCGUGGAAAAUGACAACGGCAAAGCAACGUCAUGACUUACUCAUGAAGCUGUAUGCUCUCAUACAAGAGCACUCUGAUGACCUUUCACGGAUUUUGACGCUCGAAAAUGGAAAGACCUUGGCCGAUGCAAAGAGUGAAAUCGCGUACAGUAACUCGUUUAUAGAGUGGUUCGCUGAGGAGGCUGUCCGCACAUAUGGAGAAACAAUACCAUCGCCGGUUCUCAGUGUUCGUAAUGUAACACUGAUGCAGCCCGUUGGUGUUUGUGCAAUUCUAACACCCUGGAACUUCCCUUCGGCCAUGAUCACGCGUAAACUAGGUGCAGCUCUUGCUGCAGGAUGCACAGCAGUCGUAAAGCCUCCACCGGAGACUCCGUUCUCCGCCCUUGCUCUUACUGAACUUGCACGACGUGCCGGAUUCCCCGAUGGCGUCAUCAACGUCGUCACGACUCUGAAGAAUGUCGGCGACGUCGGCAAGACAUUGUGUGAGAGCCCUGUCGUACGCAAGGUCACUUUCACUGGGUCAACGCAAGUGGCGAAACUGCUCUACGGCAUGUCCGCCAGUACUAUGAAAAAAAUUUCGUUCGAGGCGGGAGGAAACUCGCCGUUCAUUGUGUUUGAUGACGCAGACAUUGAUGCUGCCGUAGAAGGCGCUAUCAUCUGUAAAUACCGUGCAUCCGGUCAAACUUGCGUCUGCGCGAACAGGAUCUACGUACACUCCUCCGUCUACGCCGAGUUCGCUUCUCGUCUUGCUGCUAGGGUCGCUACAUUCAAGGUCGGCAACGGAAUGGACAAAGAAACUACACACGGACCGCUCAUUCACGAUCGCGCCAUCCAGAAAGUAGAAGCCCACGUCAACGACGCAGUAAGCCAAGGUGCACAAGUCCUCGUAGGUGGAUCGCGAAUCGAGGGUCCAGGCUCCUUCUUCGCCCCAACAGUCCUCUCAGACGUACCUCCACACGUCAGGCUCUCAAAUGAAGAGACCUUUGGUCCAGUUGCGGCUCUCAUCAAGUUUGAGACAGAGGAAGAAGUUCUGAAAUUGGCGAAUGAUACUCCAUAUGGUUUGGCUGGGUACUUCUACUCUCGUGACGUUGGCCGUGUGUGGCGCGUUGCGGAGGCACUUGAGGUUGGGAUGGUUGGUACGAAUACGGGUCUUAUUUCUCAAGCUACGAUUCCUUUCGGAGGGAUCAAGGAGAGUGGACUUGGUCGUGAAGGGGCGCACGGCAUUCAAGAGUACAUGCAAACAAAAUUCAUCGCCUUUGGUGGCAUUUGAAAAAGAUGACGACUGGUUCUUCCAAUGUAAUUGUACGAAUAUAUAACAAACUUCUUGGACAACAGUUAUCUCUUGAUAUUCCGGGUGAAACUGGUAUAACAUCUCAAUACGCUACUAGACAUACAAGAAAGCAGGCAACACUGAGAACACUACUGGACCUCAUGGAAACACUCAAUAAAACAGUCAACAUUUUCUCUAUAAAUUCUCGGAGAAUCAAAGCUUGACCUGUGCACUGAGUUUGCCCUUUCCUUCCUCGACAACGGGAUUGAUCAAAGUGCCCAUGUUGCCUCCGAUCCAAACGCGCACAUCAUCGCCAUGCUUGAGGAAGACAGGAGGUUUCCUUACGAAGCCCACGCCCUUAGGUGUACCAGUCAUGAUGAUCGAGCCUGGCUCAAGUGUCGUACCCUGCGAUAAGAAUGCUAUCGUUUGUCGCACGUUGAAGAUCUGAUCAGCAGUUGUCCCGUCCUGCAUGGUUUGCCCAUUUACGAAUGUCUUGAGAGGAAGCUUCUGUGGGUCUGAUACAGCUUUUGCUGAAACGAUGCAUGGUCCCACUGGAGUCGAGUUAUCAAAGCCCUUCGAGAAACCCCAUUGUGAAACGGCCAUUUGAUGGAAACGGAAGGACAUAUCAUUGCCGACAGUGUAUCCUAAUACAUAGUCCAAAGCAUCUGCUUCUGAAACGUCCUUUGCCGGCUUGCCAAUGACGAUGGUUAACUCGACCUCAUAAUCCGGAAGAUGUUUAUUUACGGGUUGGGCGGCUUUGGGUACCAGAAUGGGGGCUUCAGGUCCUAUUAAAGAGGUCUUGGGCUUAUAGAAUAGAAUCGGAGCUGCAGGUUUAGCCAUUCCUGCCUCUGCUGCAUGAUCGGAGUAGUUGAGUCCAAGGCAUCGCACGAGUCCGAUUUCGUCACGAGCGAGUGGGGAGAGGAGCUCUUGCACUGUCAAUACGGUGUUGGAGACCUGCGAAGACGGGUCAAGCGCAGAGCCUAUUAUCUCGCGCGCUUGGAUUGUCUUCUUUGCAUUGUAUGCUAAGCCGAUAUCAAGGUUCGGGUCAACUGGCUCGCCAAUAUGAACCAUAGCCGUCUCUGCAGCAACGAAUCGAAUCAGACGAGUCCAUGAUGUUCGGAUAGGUGCCAUGAUGGAGGGUGUGUGCGAUAGGG